AUGGCCGUCGCACGAGGUCGCACCGCUCGCGCUGCCCUGCUCUUGGCUCUCGUCGUGCCUGCCACGCUUUGCUUCACCGGCGCCUUCGCCCCGGCGGUGGAGAGCCGCGCAGCUCGGCAGGCCGAGGCCGCGGCCGCGAGCAGCAGCGGCUCCUCCGUGGCUCUCGUGAAGGAGGAUUCCGAUGUCGCCUCCGUGCUGAAGGGCGUGUCCAGUGCCUCCCUCGAGGCCGUGAAUUUUGUGGACUACAUCAACUCCAAGUAUGACGUGACCUCCAAGGUGGGCACUGCCCUGAACGAUGCGUUGGACAAGUCCGACGGCGAGACCUCCUCCUCAGUGAAGUCCUCCUUGGACUCGGUUGGCGAUGCCAUCACUAGCUUCGACAAGGACGUUGGCAUCAAGGAUACCCUCGGCUCGCUGAUCCUUUCCGGCACGGACCUUGCCAGCCAGUUGGCCACCAAGGCUCCACGGGCCUGUCGGGUUCUCCCUUUCGAAGGGUCGUAA